UGAAUGUUUCGGUUCUAUUCCUCUUUCAGUUUUGUUUAGUGGCUGUUGCAGUUAAAUCCAUAAAUAUAACAAAUAUUAACGCGCGUGGCACUAUUUUACAGCAAUUUCGUGAAUUAUAUUUAAUGAAAAGUGUAAAAUUUCUAAACAGUAUGACUAAAUAUUAAAAAUUAAGACAUUGCAUGUCGAUUUAAAGAAAAUUACAAAAUUUGAGAAUAAAGAACUGUUAAAAAGUGCUGAGUAUAAAGAUUUUGUUCUAGUAUUCUUCGUCUUUGCGUCAUACACUCAGUAGACGAGAGAAUUCGCUAAAAGCGACGCGAGUAGUAAUCGCCCUGCCUUGUGUGCUACUUCGUCUGUUCCAACUCAAACAACUGCAAAAUACAGCGGAUGGUAGGCAUUGCUGGCGCGGCACACGUUUAUUUCAUACAUUUCUAAUUGUAGCCAAAGGUGGCUGCCCUAUAGCCAUCUUUCCUAGAAGUCAAAUAUACGUUGAUAUGGUCGUAUUGAAGUUCUCAGUUUUUAAAAAUGAUGACUACAUUUUUACUAAAGUGGAAAAUAAAUUGAACCUUGAUUAAACGCAAUAACUGUGUAAAUAUAUACGGAAAGGCUAUCACGCUAUAUUUACAUACAAAUAUUGUAAGCUAGAAGUUAUUUGGUCAUACGCAAGCAGAUAAAAUUCAUUUACAAGGAUUAAAAAAGCAAUAUUGGUCAAUUAGCUAUCCUGCUAAAAUGGCCACUUCUCCCACUCCCUCAUUGGACUCCAUUCGUGGCUCUAAUUCUAUAGAAUCUUACGGCGAACACACAGGAUAUUUAUCAGACUCUCCGCUUACAUUGAGCGGCUCUUCGCCACCCGUCAGUGACUCAGCUAUUUGUGACGAAUUUACAAGUACAGGAUCGGGAAGCAAUCAACAUCAUCCUAUAUCUGCUUCAGUAUCAUCAUCAUCAUCAUCGUCUAGUAGUGGUUUAAGUGGUUGUGGUAGUACAAGCAGCGCCAAUAGUAAUAAAAGUUGCAAUAAUAUUGGUAACGGUGGUGGUGGAGGAGGGGGGCCUGGUGGUGUUGUUGGAUGUAACAACAGUAGUAAUGGCCCUGGUGUUAUCGGCAGCAAUUUGAAUGGGAAAGGAAGCCCAUGCAAGAAUUUACUUUCGACCAGUAGUAUCGUAAGCGUAUCUACAGCUAAUGGCGGCGCCGUGCCGCGUUGCACCGCUUGCAAGAGCAAACAAUCGGAUGCUGUGGCGAGAUGUUAUGAAUGCAUAAGUUAUCUUUGCGCCAAUUGCGUUACAGCUCAUCAGUUUAUGCACUGUUUUAAUGGUCAUAAUGUUUCACUUAUUAAAGGCUUCGAUACAACUACAAAUAAUGUUACCACCGCAUCAACUACUCCAACAUCAUCGUCCACUUCUACAAAUCUAACUGUCCCUACGUCCUGCAAUCUGGUCACAGCCGACAUAAAAUUAUCUAGUUCUCUUACUAUGAUGUUACAACAACAACAACAACAACAACAGCAGCUACAACAACAACAACAAAUAUCUAAAUCAUUUUCACAGCUCUCUAAAAUGGUAUUAAAUUCGCAUGUCGUGGCUACAAGUAGCGCAUCUCUAUUGGGUGGUGACAAUGGCGAGCAUCUGGAGAAUAGCAGCAAUAGUAGUACCCUUUGUGGUAGCGAUGAUCUAUUUGGCAAUCUGAUGCCACAACUACGUUCCACAUCCUUUUGUCGCCGACAUAAAAAUGAACCACUGAAAUAUAAUUGCCGCACAUGUGGCAAGGUUAUUUGUAAUGAAUGUGCACUGCAAGAACACCCCGCUGGCUUGCAUGAGACGGAGCUUCUACAAGAGCAUCAACUAUCGACAAUUUGUCCCUCAAAUUCGUCAGCAUCACCUUCCUCGUUCAAUCCUCAACAACAAACUACGUCCGAAUCGGUGUUGCAAACAGUUUUGAGCGAACUGCGGGGUAAGAUUGCCGAAAUUGUAUCACUUGUCAGUAGUAAUUCGGAUAAUAAUUCAAGUAAAAUAAAAAUGCAGUACCAGAAGGCACACAAUGAGGUCAAUGAGACUUAUCAAUUUUUCUGUUCGAUGCUCGAUGAACGUAAACAGGAGGUAUUGAAGGAACUAGAGAGCUUAUAUAAUAGUAAAGUUGCUUCGAGCAGUGUUUCGUUGCAACGCUCUAAGGAACUCAUCGAGAAAGCUAUGCACAUGUGCGAUAGUGUGGAACGUUCACCGAAAACACACAGCGUUGCCGACGUUUUAAUGAUGAGAAAAAUGUUCGAACAGCAAUUGCAAACAGCAUUAAUGGAUAUGCAAUCGCCACUCGAAUUAGAAUUUAUCUCAAAUUACCAAUCCAUACAAGCCGGUGUGCGCAACACUUUUGGUUACAUUAGACCAGGCAAUUCUGAAUCAGUUGGUGCUGUCACAAUGAGUGGUCAAGUUGUGAAGCAGCCUCCUAUUGCCAGACCAACUCAAAGCUCAUCCAAUAGUAAUAGCAACAACAGCGGUCUUAGUGGUGUUGGUUCAAAUCAUUUGCCACUUAGCUUGGGUUUGUCGGCCAGUUUGCUUGAAAACACAUACAACAGUGUCGUGGUUGGUGGUGUCAAUGUUGUAGGUGGCAUGCUUGGACGUAGCGGUAAUCAUAAUAUGAUUGGUAAUGGCGGCGCCGUCAACGCCAAUAACAAUACAACUUUUGAGGAGUUGAUGGCUAAACGAUACCAUAACCAUUCAACUGGUGUCAACGGCGUCAUCGGAUCUUAUGUUAGUGUUAAUCCUUAUGAAAAAUGGAGCAACGGUGGCAGCGACAAUCUUUUCUCGUCGUCAGAUCAUUUUUCAAGUGCACACCUUCUCAACUCCUUGACAAGCAAUGUGGGCUCUGCUACAGCCGGCAGCGCACUUAGUACACUCAGUGUACAAGGUACUAACGCAUCAUCCGACUCACUAAUCGAUAUGACUUCAAAACUGCUCUCUACCUCCACCUAUCCACCUAAGUCACAAAUCAAACGCCAAAAAAUGAUUUAUCACUGUAAGUUUGGCGAAUUCGGCGUCAUGGAGGGUCAGUUUACCGAACCCAGUGGCGUAGCAGUAAAUGCUCAAAAUGACAUAAUUGUUGCAGACACAAACAACCAUCGCAUACAAAUUUUUGAUAAGGAGGGCAGAUUUAAAUUCCAAUUUGGUGAAUGUGGUAAACGCGACUCUCAAUUAUUAUACCCUAAUCGUGUCGCUGUAGUGCGUAACUCUGGCGAUAUAAUUGUCACUGAACGAUCGCCAACCCAUCAAAUUCAAAUCUAUAAUCAGUACGGACAAUUUGUACGCAAGUUCGGUGCUAAUAUACUGCAGCAUCCACGUGGCGUAACUGUUGACAACAAAGGCCGCAUUAUAGUCGUUGAAUGUAAAGUGAUGCGCGUAAUUAUAUUCGAUCAGAAUGGAAAUGUAAUUCACAAGUUUGGCUGCAGCAAGCAUUUAGAGUUUCCGAAUGGUGUUGUGGUGAAUGACAAGCAAGAGAUAUUCAUAAGCGAUAAUCGUGCACAUUGCGUUAAAGUUUUCAACUAUGAAGGUCAGUAUUUGCGGCAGAUUGGCGGCGAAGGCGUUACCAACUAUCCAAUCGGCGUGGGCAUUAAUGCGAAUGGCGAAAUCUUAAUAGCUGACAAUCACAACAACUUUAAUUUGACGAUCUUCACACAGGAAGGGCAGUUGGUUAGCGCAUUGGAAUCGAAGGUGAAGCAUGCACAAUGCUUUGAUGUGGCGCUCAUGGACGACGGCAGUGUGGUGUUGGCUAGCAAAGAUUACCGUCUAUACAUCUACAGUUGUAACAUUUAGACUGUUCUACAUUAAAUAUAUAAAAGGAAAUACAAGACAAACUUAACGAAAUAUGAAAAAUAUAAAACAGCGUCGAGUGAAGUAAAAUUAAAAAGGGGAAGAAAUUAAAAAACAAAAACAAAAAACACUUAAAGCGAAACAAGUUUUUUAAGAACUUAUGAAGAGUGACUCAUUUAGGGAAUUUUUAAAACCAAAAUCUUGAAAUUUAAAAUUACACACCCGCAUUUCGGCACACUUACUUAUCCACUGCAAAUCCAAAAUUUAAACGUUGUAAGUGCAGGUGUGUGUGUGUGUAACUCCAAUGUUUCGCUGCGAUGUUUUCUAAUACAACGGUUUAGAAUGUAAUUGUUUUUUUAUUAUUAUUAAAAUGUAUGUAUCUACCAAUUUUAUGGUCGCGCAAUUAUUUUUAUGCUAUCUAGCAAAAGUUGGCUUUUUAUAUUUCUCCUGCCGAAACGAAUAAAGAGUUUAUAAAAUAAAAAUAAAAAAAUAAAAAAUUAAAAAAAAAAAUAUUAAUAUUUUUGUAUGCAUUUGUAAGAUUGAUGUUUACUCUUGUAGCUUAUAAGUAAAUAUUGAGAAAAGAAAUCAAUAGAGUGAACGUAAAACCUAAAAUGUUUAAAUGUAAUUGUUGGCUUUUAUAUAUAUCAUUACUUCAUAAGUAUAUACAUAUAAAAAGAAAUAUGGAAAUACCGACCAAUAGACUCAUAAAUGCCUAUGUUUCUACUAAUAGUUUUAGGUGAGAUUGCCGAUAAACUACCUAAAACAUAUACAUAUAUACAUACAUACCUACAUACAUUUUUCGAUUUAUAAAAAUAUCGAAUACUACAAAAAUGCGUUGGAAAAAUACCAUUAACAAUAGAUGGGAAAUAUACGAAAGUAAACACUAAUGAAUUGAUUGACUGCCCUAUUGUUCGACACCUUAUUAUGAGCUAUUAUUAUUAUUAUUCCACGCUACUCUCCCGCCCGUAUACCGAACACGACGACACAUUCGGGUUGCAAGUCGUGUCGGUACUAUUUGUUUUUUUGUGCUAUGAUCAUUAUUCCAUUGAUUUAUUGAACUUUGUACCUUUAAAUACUUCCUUCCCUUAAUCACAUUCAUGAGGGAUAUCUGAAUCUUGAAUCUCCAAUGAUCUCAUUAAAUUCAAUCUUAAUAUAAGAAAAGCAAGUACUUUUCCACGCCGUGGAAAAUCGUCUUCCUUUCUAAACUUGAAUACAUCAUGGAAUUCGGGAUGAAUGUGGUAAAAACAAGUACUGGUUCUAGCAUCCAUAUAAUUUAACUUCUAUCUCUUGAAGUUGUAACUUUUUCUUCACAAAAUUUGCGUUCCAAUCUAUCAAAUAUAUCGCAUUGUCUUGUCAAUUUUACCAGUCCGUACUUUAAACAUAUUUUUUUUUGCAAUUGGAUUAUAUUGGACCUACCUUCCAAUAAUAUAUGUCUGUAGGUUUCAUCUUCUCCCAUGUUAUUGAAGUCUUGUUUUGUAAAAGUUCUCCUAAAAGACCCAGAAUUAUUAUUAUUAUUACAUAAAAUACUAAAACAGCUCUCUUGGUAUUUAAAUAGUAGCAUGUGUGAAUAGUAAUGUAAUGAAAUUAAAAUUUGUAAUGAUUAGAUGAUAAAAACAAAACCAUAUAGCACUAUCCGUUUCUAAGCUUGUACGUACAUAUACAACGUAAAUAAGUACAUACAUACGCACUAAGUACAUACUUGCUUACAGAUUUACAAAUAUAGUUGUUUUUUAUUAUGAUUAUUAAUUAUUGUAAAUCACCAUUAUGUGUAACGCCGCCGGUGUGUCCGGUUCACGGCCCUCCGCUGAUGCUGUUUAUCCAAAAUUCUCAAAUAUCGUUGCCUAUUUUAUUUCGAAUUUCUCUAUUGAAUUUAAUAUUAUUAUUAAACUUUAGUUAGUGGUUUUACAAUAAGUAAAUUACGCUGGUAUUUUUGUUGGGGUUAAAUAAUUUAUAUAUGGCAUAAUAAGAAAAAUUUCAUUGUAGCUCUUCUAUAUACAUACAAAUGUAUGAGUUGUGUUAUUUUUUUUAUAGAAACGCUCCUAUUAGUUUAUAAACUUAAAUGAAUUGUUCUAACCUUUAGAAUUAUUUAUUAAUUCAUUUAUAUCGCGAAACAGAUCAGCAUGCGAAAUGUUAACGCAAAAGAAGUAAAUAUAAGUAUAAUUUAAAUUAUUAAUCAAUUUUAAUAUUGCUUUGUUAAAAACAAAAUAAUUAGAACAUGGAGGAUAUGAGAAUCCGGCAAAAAAGAAUUAUAACUUAAAAUUAGUAGUGCAUUAUAUUUUUCUACUCCUGCAUAAAAUAAUGUAUUGUAUUUGUGAAAAUAGAAAAAAAAAUAAGGAGAUAAUUCUGCUGAACAAACAGAAUUUUCACAGGCAUGAUGAUGUUUUCGCCAGUAAUGCACUGAUUGUGUUUAAAAUAUAAGAUAUAAAUCGUUAAUACCUACUUCCUUUCCCUUCGCUUCAUUUCCCUUCCCUUCCCUAUAUUACAUAUAUUCAAUAUAAUUUGUAUUACCAUUCGGGUAUUAUUGCUAAGUUUAACUCACUAUCCAUCAUAUUUGUUGUAUCCUAUUUUGAAGUGUUCUCAAAUAUCUACAUAAAUGUAAAACAUUGUUUAUCUUAAUAAUGUUUUAUUGUGCAUUUGUAUUUGCAUUUAAAAAAUUACAAUGUUAAAACUAAAAAAGCAUCAAGUAUGAUUUACAAUGAAAAAUUGAAAUGUGUUAAUAAGCAAAGUUUUUAUAUCAAGUAUUUUUAUGCAAUCUAUAUUU